UCGGUGAACGGACUCGGUCUCUCCGUCUCCUCUGAGGAGAAACGGAAAAGAAACCGGAGACACCGAAACAAGCCUGUCCUCCGACCGUGUGUCUGUCUCCCGCCCGUGCGUCGGAGCGACAGACAGGAAACAACAGAAGAAGAAAGAAGGAGAAAGAGAAGAAGAGUUGAUCAGUAGCCCCCCCAACCCUCCCCCCGCUCCGGAGGGUCUCGAGAACAUGGAGCGGACUGGAACUUUCCUGCUCUCCGCGUGUCUCUUACUGGUUUUACUGGGAGUAACGAGCACGCGGGCGGACACCUUCAAAGCCUGUCUGUCUGGUCAGUCUCCAGACUGCACUCUGGUCCAGUCCAAAGAGGACGACUUCGACUGGGAGCAGGGAGACACCAGAGAGAGACCUGCCAGCCAUCCCUGGAUCCCUCCAGGCUCCUCUUUCCUAUUUGUGAACACGUCAGGUCGUCAUGGCGGUCAGCGCGCUCACCUGCUGCUGCCCCCCCUCAAAGAGAACGACACGCACUGCGUCAGCUUCCUGUUCUACCAGGAGGGGGGGCGUGAGGGCGCCACGCCCGCCACGCUCAACGUCUACGUCAAAGAGAACAACAGUCCUCUGGGAGUUCCAGUCUUUAACUCGUCAGGCCCCGCCUACCACAUUUGGAAGGGGGUGGAGCUAGCCGUGUCCACCUUCUGGCCUAAUUACUACCAGGUGGUGUUUGAGGCGGUCAGCACCGGCCAGAGAGGAGUUCUGGCCAUCAAGGACAUCACACUGCAGGGACACCAGUGCAUGAGCACGCCUCACUUCCUGCACAUUAAAGGUGUGGAGGUGAACGCGGGAGAGACGGCAAACUUUCACUGCACCGUCAACGGGCAACCGCAGAGCAACCUGCUGCUCUACCUGCAGGGGAUGGCUGGUCGUCAGGCGGUCGUCAGGGAGACCAAACAGGUGAACCUGCGACGUUAUGUGGCGAGUUUCGAUGUGGACAACACGACCAAGGGUGACUCCGGACGCUAUCGCUGCAUCGCCCAAUCAGAACGAGGAGUGGGCGUGUCUUCGUACGCUGACCUCACAGUGAAACAGCCUCCCGUACCAAUUGCCCCCCCUCAGCUGACAGCAGUGGGAGCCACCUACCUGUGGAUCCAGCUGAACGCCAACUCUAUCAACGGAGACGGACCGAUCAUUGAGCGAGAGGUGGAGUACCGUACAAUGAUGGGCAUGUUGAUCGACACCACACCUGUCGAUAAACCUACUCACAAGAUCGGACACCUGGACCCCGACACAGAGUACGAGAUCAGCGUGUUGCUCACCAGGCCCCUGAAGGGAGGCAGGGGAAACCCCGGACCACCGCUCCGAGCCAAGACCAAGUGUGCAGAUCCGAUGCACGGCCCGCGGCGUCUCGAGGUCGUCGACGUCCAGUCCAAACAGGUGACGGUUCGAUGGGAACCGUUCGGAUACAACGUGACCCGCUGCCACAGCUACAACCUGACCGUUCAGUACCGCUACGGACCUGCAGGGACCCCCAGCAGGGAGCCGGUGAGGGAGGAGGUGGUGUACGACACCCUGAGCUCUGUGCCGCAGCACACCGUACGUAACCUUCCACCGUUCACCAACGUCAGCCUGAGACUCGUCCUCAGUAACCCCGAGGGACGCAAGGAGAGUGAGGAGCUGCUGGUGCUGACUGACGAGGACGUUCCCGGAGCCGUUCCCGUGGAUUCGAUCCUCGGCAGCAGCUACGAGCAGCAGAUCAGUUUGAGCUGGAGAGAACCGCUGCAGACCUACGGCCUCAUCCGCCAGUACGAGAUCUCCUACAAAGCCCUGAGCUCCUUCGACACAGAGUUUGACCUGUCCAAUCAGAGCGGCAAGGUGUACAAACCGGCCAAUGAGACGAGCCACAUGUUUACCGGCCUCUACCCGGGCUCCACCUACUCCUUCACAAUAAGAGCCUCCACAGUUAAAGGCUUUGGACCUCCAGUGAUCACCCAGUUCACCACCAAGAUCUCAGCUCCUCUGAUGCCGGCGUACGAUCAGGAGUCUCCUCUAAACCAGACCGAGUCCACCGUCACAGUCCUGCUGAAACCAGCUCAGAGCCGAGGAGCUCCAGUCAGCAAGUACCAAGUGGUGGUGGAAGAAGAGCGCCCCCGCAGGCAGAGGAGGGGCACUGAGGAGAUCCUGCGCUGUUAUCCGGUGCCCAUUCACUUCCAGAACGCCACGCUGCUCAACUCUCAGUAUUACUUCAGUGCAGAGCUGCCAAUGAGCGAGCUGAGAGUGGCCGUGCCCUUCAGCGUCGGUGAUAACAGGACUUACAGCGGUUACUGGAAUGCUCCUCUGCUGCCUCAUAAGAGUUAUGGGAUCUACUAUCAGGCUGUCAGCACUGCAAAUGGGGAAACAAAGAUCGACUGUGUGCGAGUGGCCACUAAAGCUGCUAUAAUCGUCACGCAGCUCACCACGCCGUACAUUCGUAUCGCCCCGGCAGCUGGCGACAAGCAGCUCACAGGAGCAGCAACCAGGAAGCCGGAACCAGAACAGGAGAAUCAGUCGGAUCACACGGUGAAGAUCGCUGGAGCCAUUGCCGGCAUCCUGCUCUUCAUCAUCAUCUUCCUCGGAGUCAUCCUCCUGAUGAAGAAACGGAAGUUGGCGAAGAAGAGGAAGGAAACUCUGAGCUCCAGACAGGAAAUGACCCUGAUGGUCAACAACUCCCAACACACAACCAUGGUGGACACACACACCCACACGCUCAACGGACGCACUGUGUCGUCUCCGUCCUCCUUUACCCUGAAGACAAACACCAUCAGCACCACUGUCCCCAACUCCUACUACCCAGAUCCCUUCGUGCCGACAGCCAUUCUGGACGACAGUCACACUAUGACCAGUGAAACCAGUAGCCUGGUCCAGUCCCACUAUAAGCAGCGGGAGACGGAGCGGGAGGCGCUGCCUUAUCAGACGGGACAGCUGCACCCGGCCAUCAGAGUGGCCGACCUGCUGCAGCACAUCACCCAGAUGAAGUGUGCUGAGGGGUACGGCUUCAAGGAGGAGUACGAGAGUUUUUUUGAGGGACAGUCUGCUCCGUGGGACUCGGCCAAAAAGGACGAGAACCGCAUGAAGAAUCGCUACGGAAACAUCAUUGCCUACGACCACUCUCGUGUGCGUCUGCAGUCUCAGGAUGGAGAGAGUGGAUCAGACUACAUCAACGCCAACUACGUCGACGGAUACCACAGACCCAACCACUACAUCGCCACGCAAGGUCCUAUGCAGGAGACGGUUUAUGAUUUCUGGCGGAUGGUUUGGCAGGAGAACACCGCCGCCAUUGUCAUGGUAACCAACCUGGUGGAGGUGGGGCGGGUGAAGUGCUGUAAGUAUUGGCCAGAUGACACAGAGAUCUACGGCGACAUGAAGGUGACGCUGAUCGAGACUCAGCUGCUGUCAGAGUACGUGAUCCGGACCUUCGCCGUGGAGAAGAGGGGCGUGGCCGAGAUCAGGGAGAUACGACAGUUUCAUUUCACCGGUUGGCCUGAUCACGGCGUCCCGCUUCACGCCACUGGCCUGCUGGGCUUCAUCCGCCGCGUAAAGGCCAAAACCCCGCCCACUGCCGGCCCCACCGUGGUCCACUGCAGUGCGGGGGCGGGGCGUACAGGUUGUUUCAUAGUGAUAGAUAUCAUGCUGGACAUGGCGGAGAGAGAGGGCGUGGUCGACAUCUACAACUGCGUCCGAGAGCUGAGAGCACGAAGGGUUAACAUGGUCCAGACUGAGGAGCAGUACGUCUUCAUCCAUGAUGCCAUCCUGGAGGCGUGUCUCUGCGGCGACACUGCGAUUCCAGCCAAUCAGCUGCGGUCAGUUUAUUAUGAGAUGAAUCGAUUGGAUCCUCAGACCAACUCCAGUCAGAUCAAAGAGGAGUUCAGGACCCUGAACAUGGUGACGCCCACGCUGCGGGUGGAGGACUGCAGCAUCGCUCUGUUGCCUCGAAACCACGAGAAGAACCGCUGCAUGGACGUGUUGCCUCCGGACCGCUGCCUGCCGUUCCUCAUCACCAUCGACGGAGAGAGCUCCAACUACAUCAACGCCGCGCUGAUGGACAGCUACAAGCAGCCGUCGGCCUUCAUCGUUACCCAGCAUCCUUUGCCCAACACAGUGAAGGAUUUCUGGCGCCUGGUCCUUGACUACCACUGUACGUCCAUCGUCAUGCUGAACGACGUCGACCCCGCACAGCUGUGUCCUCAGUAUUGGCCGGAGAACGGCCUCCAUCGUCUGGGCUCCCUGCAGGUGGAGUUCGUCUCUGCAGAUCUGGAGGAGGACGUCAUCAGUCGUAUCUUCAGGAUCUACAACACAGCAAGGCCCCAGGACGGGUACCGCAUGGUGCAGCAGUUCCAGUUCUUGGGCUGGCCGAUGUACCGGGACACGCCCGUCUCCAAGCGCUCCUUCCUCAAACUGGUCCACCAGGUGGACAAAUGGCAGGAGGAGUAUGAUGGCGGGGAGGGACGCACCGUGGUCCACUGCCUGAACGGAGGCGGUCGCAGCGGGGUUUUCUGCAGCAUCAGUAUAGUCUGUGAGAUGCUGCGACAGCAGCGCUGCGUCGACGUCUUUCACGCUGUUAAAACGCUGAGAAACAACAAACCAAACAUGGUGGACCUGCUGGAACAGUAUAAGUUCUGUUAUGAAGUCGCUCUGGAGUAUCUCAACUCAGCUUAGCUUCAGCAGGAGACUCUUCAUCCUCCUCCUCCCCCUGCGAUAAUGCCACGCACGGUCCGACAGGACGAAGAGGAGGAAGACGAAGACAGAGGAGGUCAACUACUGACUGAAGGAGAAGGACUGACAGAAGUGUGGAGGAGGAGGAGGAGGAUGUUAUUGCACUGCCUUGUGUGACUGAACCUGCGAGCAUGGCCACACUGAGCUCCAGCACACUCACCCUGUUACUCACCAUGUGUCACGUUGUUGGAUGUUUUUCUUCUUGUUUUGUUGUAUUGAUGAUCUGAAACUAAAGGAAGCAAACGGACAUCAGAGCGAGCGUCUCGUCAGCCAUCGAUCUUCAGCUUCAGUAAACACUGAACGCCAAUAAACAUCGGAAACACUGAGAGCAGGCUUUGUAAAGUCCAACCCCGUGGACACCCCGAGACAAACUCAAGAUAAUUACACGCUCACGUCUUUUCACCUGUAUCUGUCUCCAUCCAGUCAAACUGUCCCAUUAACAGCUGAAUCAGCUGUGAUCACUGGAUCACACUGACACUGAGGGAAAGGUAAAAACAGCAGGAUUCUCAGUGGAGUUCUGGAGGUUUAUUGUGGCGGGACAUCGAUUUAACAGCAGAGAAAAACUCUAAAUGACUCCGACAGUAGAAGUGAAACAUUUCCUUUGUUCAUAUUUCCAUGAAAGACAGAAAAGUACACACACACACACACACACACACACCUGUAAGAGUGGUGGUUUAUACAAAUGAAUAUCAGUAGAUUUGAGAUUUAAAUCAGCUGCUUUAUUUGAGGGGGGUCAGUUUUGACUCUUAGGACAAGGGGACAAUGUUAAGAGUUCACAGGGUUCAUAUUUCAUGUGGAAUGAAAUGGUAAAUUAUUAGUUCAUCUUCAGCUUUUAUUGAUCAGUCUGUUAGGAUGAUGUCAGUGUUUAAAGGUUGAUUUUCAUUGGUCAUGAGGCAACAUGACGUCAGAGCUCAGGAUCAUCGUCAGGUUUCAAUAAGUGCUGAAGUGAUUAGUCAGAAACUUCAUUAGUCAUUUUUACUGACUGAUUCUCAGUUACAAAGCAAAAACGCUAAAUGCCAUCAGUUUUGGAGAAAGCAGGACUGAACCAGACUGAGAUUCCUCAUGGAGCUCUCAGUCCACUGGGGCGGACAUGUUGGACAAGCAGGUCCUGGUUCUGUUACCAGUAGACUUGUGGAACCUUUUUGAGGAAACUGUUCUUUUAUUGCACUGAGACAGUUUUGGUUUGUGUCCGUCUUCGUGGACACACAACUGAGUGUCGUCUGCGUACAGGGAUCACAGGGAAGGCCUCAGGAAGCCAGAGUGGAUCAGGGACUGAGCCCUGUGGGACGCCACGUGUUAAAGUUUCUGCUGAGGAAAUGUGGUGAUAAAUGAAGAUGCAGAACAGGAGGUGGAACCAUAAAGACCAACGGAUUAACUGAAUGUUAGAAAACAGUAGAGGCUGAUUGGUUAUUUAUUUAUUUAUUAUUGGACCAAUCAUUAGUCCCAGCUCAGAUUUAAAUAAACUUCAUCUGUGUCGAGCUUAACCGUUCAUUCUCGACCUGACAACCUCAACUCAAGGUCCACUUACCAUCCAUGUUUGUUCCAGACCUUUCAGCUGUAGCACUGACUGAGUUUGCCUGAAGGAACAAAGAAUAAGGGAAGAUUUGGACAUCUGCAUUUCCAUGGCAACUGUUCCACAUCAGUCUGCUGAUGACGACCAACAGCUUUUGGUUUCCUUUCUUUGUUUCUUUCUUUUUAUUGCCACAGUGGAAUAUAAAGAUAGAAACAGACAUACAGACACUCAUGUCCGUCCAUUUGUCUGUCUUCUUUGAUGGUGUUUAAUGUUUACUGUCCCGGGCAGGGCAGAAUAUUUACUGCUGCAGAUCAAAAACUGGACUGGAAUCAUCCAACCACAUCAUCUCCAGUUUGGACCCUGGUCCCCUUCAGGUUGUGCUUUGUUUGUUUCCUCCUCAGCAGCUGAGUGAUGCUGGUUGGUGGGUUUGUUAAUAAUGUACAUAGAGCAGGAGGAAGCAGGAAGAAGAAUAUUUAUUCCUUCAGUUGUUCUCAGUGUUGAUGUUGUUGUUGUGUUGUUGUUGUUGUUGUUGUUGUUGUUGUUGUUGUUGUUGUUGUGAAGCACAGAGAGAGAGACAAUCAUGGAUGAUUCUAAUGUUCAGAACAACAGAACCACAGUUAGACCAGGAAACAACCUAACUCUGCUGACAUAUGGCUCUGGGUCAGUGUUAACCCCGGGUACACGUGCCUGUGGGUCAGUGUUAACCCCGGUGACCUUUGACUCUGGUGCUGCACAGAACAUUAUUGUAACGAAAGCUUUUAUUUAUGUUGUAUGAGUCCAAAAAUACUACAAUAAAAAUCUGUAUACACCUGUCA